CGCAACUCAGCAGUGCGCCUGUGCUGCAGGAUGGCUGAGCAUUAUUACGCACUCCGUCCACACAGCGAGGACUCGUCUGAAGAGGUCUGAGUUUGGAUGCAGGCAGGAACGAGGAGCAACUAGGACCUGACUGGAUUUCUUUUUUCUCCAGACAAAAUGCGGAGUCCUGAGCUGUUGACACUGACAUUAUUGUGCAGUGACAGGAGGUUUAUCUGCGUGGAUCUUCGAGCGCGAUGAAUCAUGUCUGCAGGCACAUCUUCUGACCGGGAAAGUUGCUCGUCGGUUUUUUUGAUCUGAGACAAGAUGCAUCUGUUUCGGAGUCACAAUUACCGAGUGUUCCCGGACCGGUUCUCAGUGGAAACACCGAGCAUUCGAGGCAUCAGCUGGACGCCGCUGCCAGAGGCCCUGGGUCCUAAAGACACAAUGAAGCAGUUUCUUUCAGAUCGUGUUGUAAAGGCAGCAAGAUCAGUUUACAGCGUCAUGAUUGAGAAGAACCCCGGUCUGGUCCGUGACAGAAAGUAUCACCUAAAAACAUACAGACAGUGUUGCUCAGGGAAGGAGCUCGUAGACUGUCUGAUGAAACAAAGCGAAGGCCUUCAAAACAGGAGUCAGGCUGUGGGAAUCUGGCAGGUCUUAGUGGAUGAGGGAAUCCUGGUUCAUGUGAAACACGAGUUGAACUUCCUCGACAAGGACACCCAGUUCUACCGUUUCCAGGACUCAGAGUGUGGCCAUAUAAAGGAUGAGAAGGACUCAGAGGACGAGCUGCAGGAGAGUCUGUCGCUGCUGUGUCAGCUCGGUCCUGAUGCUCUGCUCACCAUGAUCCUACGCAAAAACCCCAGUCAGAGGAGUGCUGAGGAUCUGGAGGUCAUUUAUGAAGAGCUACUUCACGUCAAGGCUGCAGCCCAUCUCUCCACCUCCGUGCGUAAGGAGCUGGCAGCAGUGCUGGUCUUUGAAUCACAUGCCAAGGCUGGAACAGUCUUGUUCAGUCAAGGGGACAAAGGCACGUCUUGGUACAUCAUCUGGAAAGGUUCUGUAAAUGUGAUCACACAUGGGAAGGGUCUGGUAACCACGCUACAUGAGGGAGAGGACUUUGGGCAACUUGCUUUGCUGAAUGAUGCACCUCGCUCUGCAACAAUCAUCCUGAGAGAGGACAACUGCCAUUUCCUGCGAGUUGAUAAACAGGACUUCAUACGCAUCCUCAAGGAUGUUGAGGCAAACACGGUGAGACUAGAGGAGCAUGGGAAAACUGUGCUGGUGCUGGAGCAGAGCACGGCCCGCACUGAGCAGGGAGGAGCCGGGAACAACUGCAAGUACACAGUCAUGUCAGGAACACCUGAGAAAAUCCUGGAACACCUGCUGGACACAGUGAAGCUGGACUCAAAUGGAAAUGACGCCAUAGAUCCCUGCGUGAGCGACUUUCUGCUCACUCACAAAGUCUUCAUGCCCUCCAGCCAGCUGUGUCCUGCACUGCAGCACCAUUACCAGGCAGAGCUCUCUGAGGGUUCAGAUCAGGAGAAAUCUUCUUACGUUCUCUACACGAAGCAGAAAGUAGUGAGGCUGAUCAGCCAGCUGGUGGCGCUGUACGGCCUUCUGCUGAAAGAAGACCCCUUCACUCUGGACUUUCUUGAGAAGUCUAAGAAGGAGGUUGCAGCUGAUUUCCGUCUCUCCAACAUGCUGAAAGAACAAUUCAGGGACAGGAGGAGAACAAAAGUAUUGGAGAAUGGAUACCAGUCCCUAACCAAGAUCCAGAAAUUUGAUUGGUUUUCAAACUGUGAGGAGCCAGUAGGAAGGUUACAACCAAUUAGAGCGCAAGAUAAAGUUCUGUAUGAGAUCUACAGACCAGACAACAAACCCCUCACUCUGAUGCUCCCUGUCAACUCGUCUGUACAGGAAGUGAUGUCAGCAAUAGUCAAACCUGGAGGGGAUCACGUUCUGGUCAAAAUGAACUCAACAGGAGAGAGAGCUCAGUUAAAGCUGGAUGCGACUGCUGUCUACACCGCUCUGGGACUCAAUGAGAGACUGUUCAUCAGCACAAGCAGCCAAGUGGAACAUCUGAUGCCUCUGAAGGAGCAGCAAGGCCCAGAGCAAGGAACCACUGACAUCCUAGAACAAAUGUGCUCCAAGGACAUCGCCAAUGAACUCACCAACUAUGACUGGGAGCUCUUCACUGCUGUGCAUGAGGUCGAGCUGAUCUACUACGUAUUUGGCCGACACAAGUUCCCAGGUGCCAUCACGGCUAACCUGGAGCGGUUUGUGCGUCACUUCAAUGAGACGCAGUACUGGGUGGUGACAGAGCUGCUCCUCUGUGAAGACCUGGUGAAACGAGCCGUCCUGCUCAAGAAGUUCAUAAAGGUGGCAGCAGUAUUAAAGGAGCAGAAAAACCUCAACUCAUUCUUCGCUGUGAUGUUUGCUCUGAGCAACACUGCAGUGCAGAGGCUUUACAAGACCUGGGAGAGAAUACCCAGCAAGACAAAAAGGAUUUACUGUGCGUAUGAGAGGCUGAUGGACCCUUCAAGAAACCACAGGGCCUACAGACUGACUGUGGCUAAACUCAGUCCUCCUUACAUCCCCUUCAUGCCUCUGCUGCUCAAAGACAUGACAUUCAUCAAUGAGGGAAACCCAAACUAUGUAGACAAAUUGGUCAAUUUUGAGAAAAUGCGCAUGAUUGCCAAGACGGUGAAGAUUGUACGAGGGUGCAGAAGCCAGCCGUACGUUGCAUCAUCUCCACAGAGGGGCCUUGCAGAUCGGAUGUUUCUGGAAGUGCCUGCUACUCGAAUUUCUACAUACUCCGACAUCGCCCCCCCUCUGCGGACUCCCAGCAACAUCCGGCACUACCUCACCAACCUGAAGGUGAUCGACAACCAGCGCAAGCUAACGCAGCUAUCAAGAACAUUAGAAUGAAAGGACGUCCACCUGCUGAUGCACAGAGACUGUAAAGCUGUUGCACGACUGAACCACAGAACUGAUUUAAAUGGAAGAACGAAACUUCUAAACUGGACGGACCUCUGGAGGUGUUUGGUAUUUUCACUCUAAUUCAAGAAGCUCAGACUCUGAUGGAUGAACUCUCUGCAGGGGAAAGUAUUAAGAGUGAGCAUGUGUGGUGUGCACAGUAAUGAUCUCAUGCUGAACCAGAGAAUCCAGUUUUGUGUGCACACCCUCAUGAAGGCAAUUUUAAAAGAUGUACAGCAAAGUGUUAAAAUUCCUCAUGUACAUAUUUAUACAGCGAUCUGACAGAAGAAGGGUUCUGGUGGUUCUGUAAAGAGGGCCAUAGGAACACAUUUAAGAUGAAUCUGCCAUAACCAACCACUUAAAGGUCAUUUUAUGUGCACUAGUGUUUUCACAUGUAAACUAAUAUAUUGUAUCUUUUUUGGGGCCACAAACUGACAUGCAUUUAUUUCAUACGAUGUUCUUUUUCUAAAUAAAUUAUUUUCUCAGUUA